GGACCGUUAAGGUUGGAAUUGCUUGUAUCCAAUGCAAGAUGCUGCAGUUCCAGCUUGUUGUGGUGCAUUUGGCCCUUGUGAUUACCCUGCUGCGGUGGCACUCUAGCUCAGUGCCCCUCGCGCAGGCAGCACCAGAGCCUUUGGAGCCUCCUGCUGCUCUGGGCAUGGGAGCACAUCCCAUUGCCAGCGAAGAGAAGUCAGCCACCAACCUGGCAGCCAAACUGUUCCUUCUUGAUGAGCUGGUGUCUCUGGAGAAUGAGGUGACCGAGACCAAGAAGAAAAGAAGUUUCCCAGGAUUUGGGUCCCCGAUCGACAGGAUUUCUUCGACCUCUGUGGAUGCUAAAGGCAAACAGAGGAAAGUGGUUGAGCUGCCUAAGAGACGGUUUGGAGUUCCUCUUGACCGGAUUGGAGUGAGCCGUCUUGGCAACACCAAGGGUUAGCAGUUCCUGCAAGUGCUUCUGUUCUGAAUGAUUGAUGCUGUAUUGGAAACAUUACAGAAAUACAGAAGAUGCAUCACAGCAUGUCUUGUCAUUGACUAAUGAUACAACACGCAAGGAAUUGAC